ACACGGCGGCUCAGCUGCUCCUUUGGAGUUCACUGGGAGAGGGAGGGGGAGGAGUCUGCGCAGUCCGAGUUUCACCUCUGCACCUCGGAGCACCUUAAGGAGCUUUAUUACACCAGACUCCCUCCGCACACCCUCAAAGCGGGGCACGGCGGAAGCGGGGCAGAAAACACGGAUAUUUACCCUUGAAAGGACGGGCGGAGGGUGUGUUUGUGGUUACGACCUGUCGCUCACUCAGCCGAGCGCUCCGGUGUCAGAGAAGACCCGUCCGAGUGCUACGGCCUUCGUCAUGCUUCCUCCUCCUCCUCCCCAUCCUGACAUGUGUCAAUGUCUCUGACUGCAGGACAAGAACGAAGCGAACCGUCCCUGUGAAAGAUGCCUGAAGGAAGAUUGCACCUCCCUCAUCAUUUAAGGUGUGCGUAACAGCCCAAACAGGCUCUGCAACUUUUCUACUCGAUUCUUCAUGAUUCAUUGCCUCCCUGCGGUUAUGGUUGCACCCAGUGAGCAGCCCGGAAUGCUUCCCCUCUCGUUUCUAUGACGCGACUCAGACCACGUGAUCCGCUUACCAUGAUGGCCUCUGUGGUUGCCAAUGGAAACCAAGAAAGAGAGUCUCUGGUUUUGAGAGGGGUGGAUCCAGAGACUUGUAUGAUUGUGUUCAAGAACCACUGGGCUCAGGUGGUGAAGAUCCUUGAAAAGCAUGACCCCCUCCGUAGCAGCUCCACCCUGCCCUCCCUUAGCGUCAUCAACCUCAGCCACGGCUCUGGCGGCAGCUCCCGCUUUGGCGCCAUCCCUGGAGAUGAGGCCAGCGCCGUGCAGAACUACGUAGAGCACAUGCUCUUCCUGCUGAUGGAGGAGGAGUGCGGGGAGGCGGGCGCCAUGGGCCCCAUCCUGGAGUUUGUGGUGAUGGAGAAUGUGAUGGAGCGCCUGUUCGUUUGGAGCCUCCGCAGGGAGUUCACGGACGACAUGAAACUGGAGCAGCUCAAGAUGUACGAGAUGCUGGUGGGCCAGGCGCACCAGCCUCUGCUGCAUCACAAACCCAUCCUGCGGCCGCUCAUGAUGCUGUUGUCCUCCUGCUCCACCACCACGGCCCCCGCCGUGGAGGCGGAGCUGGUGCUGCUCUUACACCAGCUGUGCUGCGUUCUGGCGAAAGACCCGUCCAUCCUGGAACUGUUUUUCCACACCAGCGAGGACCAGGGAGCCACAAACUUCCUCAUCUUCUCCCUCCUCAUCCCCUUCAUCCACAGAAAGGGAACAGUGGGCCAGCAAGCCAGAGACGCUCUGCUGCUCAUCAUGUCGCUAUCUGCUGAGAACCAGCGAGUGGCCAAGCACAUCGCAGAGAACACCUACUUCUGCCCGGUGCUGGCCACAGGAUUGAGCGGCCUGUACUCCUCCCUUCCCACCAAACUGGAGGUUCCCAGUGAAGAGUGGCACUGCCUCCACAAAGAGGACUGGCUGCAGAUGCCCUCACUUGUGCAGUUUCUUAAUUCACUGGAAUUCUGUAAUGCUGUGACUCAGGUGGCACAUUCCUCCAUCAGAGACCAGCUGCUAGAUUACAUCUAUAAUGGUUUCCUUGUUCCUGUCCUAGCACCAGCUCUGCACAAGCUCACGCUAGAGGAGGUGAUGACCACCACGGCGUACUUGGACCUCUUUCUGAGAAGCGUGUCUGAGCCCGCUCUGCUUCAGACCUUCCUGUCCUUCAUCCUCCUCCAUCAACACGAGGCCGUCCACAUUUUAGACACGUUGGUCAGCCGCGUCAACACCCCCUUUCAGUUGGGUCUUGUAUCUCUGUCAUUUUUCCGCACUCUCAUUGGCUUAUACUGUGAAGAUGUGAUGCUGCAGCUUAUACUGAGGUACCUGAUCCCCUGCAAUCACAUGAUGCUGAGUCAAAGGCGCGUGGUGAGGGAGAGGGACUUCUACUCGGCAUCGGCGGCGAAGAUCCUGGCCUUGACGCCGUCCUGCUGCUCACCUGAUCACAGCCCGCCGCCCCUACGACAGCUGGACUCCAUCCUCUUCUCCAAGGGGUCGGACACCCCCAGCAGCUCCACCGAGAAGUCUCAGAUCUUCUCGGAAGUGGGCGAUGGCUCCGGAAACUCCUGCACCAUUGGCUCGGAAAUCUACCUGGAUGUCAGCUACCUUCAUUACCUCUACGACGCUCGCCUGAGCAUCAGCAGCUGCAUGCGGGCCUGUGGGGUUUGGUCGGCGCCGUACGACGGGGAGGACCCGCCUCCGGACAAAUACCAGCCGGGGGUGCUGGAGGAGCCGGGUCGACAGCUGCAGGCGUCUUUGAAGGGAGUCCCAAAGCUGCGCUUGCCUCAUCCACGACCCAGCCCGCAGCUAAGCGUAGAGGCCUCUUCUACCAACCCGCUGGAGCUGGAGUGGGACGACAGUUAUGACGUGUGCCCAGUUCAGACGGGCGAGGCUCCUGCAGAGAGCAAGCCCCCCCAGCCACCUCCUGCUGAGCCCCCCAAACACAUUCAAGAAAUGAGGAGAACUGCCAUAAUGCUGGUGAAGGGCUCCUACAUCGAGGAAAACGACUUCCAGGAUGAUGUCAUGGUUUACGAUCUCGUUGCUAAGAAAGACUCCACAGACUUGGAAUGCACAAAACACAUGCCCAACGGUUCCUCGUCAGAGGAAACCCAGCAUGACUCAGCAGAUGUUGCUCCCAGAAAAGCCCCAGCAGCUUCUGGGAUUUGUGAGAAAACUAAAAAGAGUUUGAAGUCUAAAAGUCCGACAGAUUGUAACGCCAAUCUCCAAAACGCUGCUGCAGUGGAGGCAGGGGAGGAUUUUUUGGAUCAGUACGAGGAGCUCAUUCGCACUCUGGACACAGAAUCAGUUGGAAAACAAGUCAAAGCUGACGGAGACGAACCGAAGGCGCCUGUGGAGGAGCCCACGGAUGAGGAGGAGAUGGACUUUACUUCCUUCUCCGCUGAAACACCAGAGCCAGACAAACUGCUGUCGCCCUUCGGAACCGUUAACAAGCUUCGAAGUGGAAGUACAAACAAAAGUCCUGCUGUGCCUUUUACAGGUCCUUUCAUAAGUGUGCUGCUAUCUCGUCUGGAGAACAUGCUCUCAAACCCGCUGCACGUCAACCUGCUGCUGACCGGCAUCCUGGCCCAGCUGGCCGCCUACCCUCAGCCUCUCCUUCGCUCAUUCCUUCUCAACACCAACCUGGUUUUCCAGCCAACGGUUCGCUCCCUUUACCAGGUGCUAGCCACUGUUAAGAACCAGAUUGAAGAGGAGGCUGCCAGAAGGAAGGACUUUAGCGAGCUGAUCACUGCCGCCCAGCACUGGCUGUUGGCAAGGGAGGCUUCAUCCAUUACAGCAGCAGACAAAAGCAGUGGCUCCACCCACCACGAUGGCGGAAGAAUCCUAAAGAAUUCACCACCUGCAAAACCCAAAACCAUCUCUGUGGAGCAGACGGAGGUCUUUGCAACCGUCCUCUUCACCGAGUUCCUCAAAGAGCUGGCAGCCAUCGCACAGGAGCACUCCAUCCUGUCUUGCAUUCCUAUGGAGGAGUAGAUGGGAUUUAUAAAAAAGAAAACAAAAAA